CACUCAUUUACUCAAAGAAAUCACCACUCCACCACUACACUUUGAACACAGCGUUGUAACUGUCCUUUUAUAUACCUGCGUGCUGGCCACAACACGCUCUUUGGCUCUCUUUCCUACGCAGAUCGUCCAGCAUGGCCUCUUCCACUAACAUCAAGGUCGUUUCUCACUCCUUCGCAAUUUCGAACAGAUUUCGGCCGCCCAAUGCUCUUGAACUGAGAGAAGGCGGCGAGAUCAUCGUGGCUUUUGAUGACAACCUUCAAACCGUGAUGAUGCGGAAUGCGCAAUCUGUCUCAGGUCCAGAGAAAGAUGGAUUUACGUUUGAUAGGGUGUUUCCGAUGGGUACGAAACAACACGAAGUUUUUGACUACGAUGUUCUCGAUGGUUACAACGGCACCGUUUUCGCAUACGGCCAAACUGGCAGUGGGAAGACCUUCACGAUGAUGGAAAGUUGCAAUCAUGGCGCAGAUAUAGACUCGGAGGAGUUGAAAGGAAUUAUACCCCGCAUCACGGAACAAAUAUUCCAGUCUAUCGUGGAGUCGGAUGCUCACCUAGAGUACAUGGUCAAAGUUUCCUAUAUGGAAAUCUAUCUCGAACGUAUUCGUGAUUUGCUGGCUCCCCAAAAUGACAACUUGCAAGUUCACGAGGAGAAGUCCCGCGGUGUGUAUGUCAAGAACUUAUCCGACUACUAUGUCAGUAGUGCGCGUGAAGUGUACGAGAUCAUGCGCCAGGGAGCGGCAGCCCGCGUAGUCACCUCGACCAACAUGAAUGCUGAGAGUUCACGAUCACAUUCCAUUUUUCUAAUCACGAUUCAGCAGCGGAAUACGGAAACGGGCGCGCAGAAAUCAGGAAACCUCUAUCUCGUCGAUCUUGCUGGGUCCGAAAAGGUUGGUAAGACAGGUGCCUCGGGUCAAACAUUAGAAGAAGCGAAGAAGAUCAACAAAUCGCUUUCUGCGCUCGGUAUGGUGAUUAACGCGCUCACGGACCCCAAGACAAAACAUAUUCCUUACCGGGACUCAAAGCUUACUCGCAUAUUGCAAGAGUCUUUGGGUGGCAAUUCGCGAACGACUCUUAUUAUUAACUGCUCUCCCUCGUUAUACAAUGAAGCGGAGACUUUGUCUACCCUACGCUUUGGUAUCCGUGCGAAAUCGAUAAAGAACACAGCGCGUGUCAACCAAGAACUUUCUCCGUUGGAGCUCAAGGGACUCUUGUCCAAGGCACAGCUCGCGAACACCCGGCAUCUGGCAUACAUACAGACACUGGAAGCGGAAGCUUGCGAGUGGGCGACACCGGACAAGCCGAUCAGCACUUCCGUAUCGUCCAAGAGGCCCGCAUCUGCACCGUCGACUGCCAGAAGCCAGACUCCUGUUAACCCCGUGUUGGAGGGUCUCCGAUCUGAGAUUGAUAGCAGGCCGCAAACACCUACGGUCAUCGGCCUCGAGAAGGACGAACGGGAGGAAUUCCUUCGACGAGAGAACGAACUCAGUGACCAGUUGGCCGAGAAAGAGAGCUCACUUGCUGCCGCUGAGAAGCUUGUCAAAGAGCUGAAGGAAGAGCUUGCGUUCCUCAGAGAGCAAGAGGUUUCUUUGUCGAAGGAAAAUAAAUCUAUGUCCACCCAACUCAACGAGCUUCGUUUACAAGUGGAACGCCUUGACUAUGACAACAAAGAGAGCAUCAUUACGAUUGACAUCCUCCGGGAACAGAACCAAGAUGCCAAAAGUGAACUCGACGAGCUUAAGAAAAUCAUUACCGAGCUGCGUAGUGCUCAAAAGGAUGCCUCGGCAGAGGACAAGGAGAAACGCAAGCAGGAGAAAAUGGCGCUCAUGAUGGCUAAAUUUGAUGCUCAAGGCGCAUUCUCGGAGAAAGAUGAACAACUUCGCCAGCUUCUUUCUAAGUUGGAUUCCGUGGAUUCCGAAGUAACACUUUCUUCACUUACCGUAGACGACGUCGUAGCUGCUAGACGGCAAUUGAGCGAGGCGCAGUCGACAGUGCGGGAGACUUUGGAUCGUCUGAGACAGAGCCAGGAGGAAAAUGAGAUGGUGACACGCCGCCGUGAUGAACUUGAGAGCCGCCUAACCACCCUUGAGGCUGAAUAUGAAGAGCUUCUUGAGAAAACCAUUCAAGAUGAGGAAACCAGUAACGCAGGCAUCGCGCAGUCGAUGGCAGAGCUGAAGAAUAAGCUAGAGGCACAAUACUCAGCUCGACGUGAAGCGAGUAUUGCCGAAGCAUCGGAUCUUAAACAGCAGCUUGAACUAAAGAGUAAUGAGAUUCGCUCGUUGAAUGCUACGAUUGAGAGCAUGAAGAACGUGAACGAGGAGCUCAAACGUGCCUUUGCCGUUACGUCCGCUGGAAUCGAGGGUGGUAAGAGCUUGGCCGAGAGCGCUCAGGACCUCGAGCGUACGCGCAAAGCCAUCAAUGUACAGCUGGCCGAGUUUGAGGCCGUCAAGAAAUCCCUUAUGCGGGAUCUCUCUAAUCGCUGUGAGAAGGUCGUGGAACUGGAGAUUCAGUUGGACGAGCUAAGAGAGCAAUACAACAACGUCAUUAGGAACAGCAACAGCAAAGCUCAACAGAAGAAAAUGGCAUUUUUGGAGCGCAAUCUAGAACAGCUGACGUUAGUUCAGAAACAGCUGGUGGACCAGAACUCGGCGUUGAAAAAGGAAGCUGGCAUAGCUGAACGUAAAUUGAUGGCACGGAAUGAGCGCAUCCAGAACUUGGAAGCACUCCUGCAGGAUGCUGAUCGUCGAUUGGCCAUUCAAAAUCAGAAGUUUGAAGCACAGCUCCAAUCGGUGAAAGAGCGGCUUGAGCAAGCACGUGCGCAAAAGGCGUCAAGUGGCCCUGCAUUGAGUUUCGGUCGGAUUGCCAAGCCACUCCGAGGAGGAGGAGGCUCUGCUGUGGCAGCUGCAAGCGGAAGCAAUAUGUCAUCAGCCAAUCCAUUAGCCAGACUUCAGAAUGAGGAAGGAGGUACAGCGAAACGUGCAUCGUGGUUCUUUAACUCUCGAAAUAACUAGACAGCAAGCCUUGUGCUCAUUGUUUUCAGUAUUCCACCGCUAUCAUCAUCACCUUUAAUGCAAUGACAUAAUCUGGGGCUAGGAUGACCAAGGAGCCUGAUCGCUGAGCCUGAGCCAGUCUGAUGGAUAGACGGAACCUUGUGUAUGUGUCACAAUAGACUCGUCGAACGUUGAUAAAUACGGAGCCUGAGCCUUAGCCACCCUCCAUACUUAAUAUUACAAUCUCAGGUCUGGAGCGUAGAUACUACUUGCAGGUACCACGGGCGGAACCGACAAGGAGAUUUUACUUUAGAUAAGCAGGACUUAUCACUGAACAGCGACAUCUCGAUCAACCCA